GAUCCUGUGGCUUCGACGAUGGCGACUCUCACAGCCUCAGCAUUUCUGAAAAUCGCAGCUUGUUCCAAAAUCAGAGCUCAAUCCCAUCAAUACCCAGUUUUCGUAUCCCCCGAUGAACACAAGCUCAUCCCGCCAGCGCGAUUCUUUCUAAAGAAAACCACAAUUCCGUUCGUCUCCAAUCGAUCGAGUGCAUCCGCGGGGUCUUCCCCUGGACUGUACUCUGCCCAGAAAUUCGACCUCAACGUUUCAAACGUCGACCUCGUUCUCGAAGAUGUUCGUCCUUACCUCAUAUCUGAUGGUGGCAACGUAGACGUCGUGUCCGUCAAAGAUGGCGUUAUAUCUCUCAGGCUCCAAGGAGCGUGUGAAAGUUGUCCCAGCUCAACAACGACAAUGAAGAUGGGAAUUGAACGUGUGCUUAAGGAGAAAUUUGGAGAUGCAGUGAAGGAUAUUCAGCAAGUAUACGAUGAUGAAAUGAGGGAGACGACUGUUGAGGCUGUGAAUAACCAUCUUAAUAUCUUGAGACCGGCCAUUAAAAAUUAUGGAGGCAGUGUGGAAGUAUUAUCUGUGGAAGGAGGGGAGUGCCAUGUGAAGUACGUGGGGCCUGACUCCAUUGGAUCAGGAAUCAAAGCAGCCAUCAAGGAGAAGUUCCCUGACAUUGUGAAUGUUUUGUUCUCCGAGAAUUAGCAUAGAGAUCUGUAUAUAAAGAUGCUACUAUGUGCUUUAGCAAAUGAGUAAAAACAUGGAAGGACGCUAGCAGCAUAAAGCACGUAAAAUUAUUAAAAGCUUUCGGAGCAUACAUUGUUAGUC